GCAAUAAUGCGCAGUCGAUCGCCGGUGUCUCUAGAAGUGUUUGUUACAGCUUUAAAUGUGUACAAUCUUUUUUGUUUGAGUUGAUUUCUUGGAAGUUAAAAUAGUUUGUUUUUAUAAUAAGAAUUAGAAAAUUAUUAGUUCUUAAAUAAAUUCAAAAAAUCUUAUCAUAUCGAGAUAACAAUAAAAUGUCAGAUAAAAAACUGCAAAUGAACACACCAUUGCAACCAUCAACUUGCAACAAUCUGAAUUUGGGAAAAUGCCCCGCAAAACAAACACCGACUUCGCCACCAUUUGACCUAUCACAAACCGGUAAUCAUUUGAAUAUUGGCAAGACGUUUCCAAAUGUUGUUCAAAAUGGUCCACAUCAUGUAGACGCACAGGCUUAUGGGAAAAUUCCUCUAACACAACAAACACCACCUGGGGUUGGAGGUGGAUUACAAUACAGACACGAUUUUGGACACAGUGCAUCCGUAAAUGUUGAUCACGUGAAGGAUUGGGGUACAACGGUUCAAGCUCAGGCUAACGCAAGAUUAUUUCAGAGUAGAGAUCGAACCGCAAAUUUGGAUUUAGGAGCAGGAGCUCGACAACAUUUUGGACCACGGCCAAGUCCUAUGCAAGGACAAGUAAUGCUUGGUUUCACAAAAAAAUUUUAAAAAGAUAAUUUCCAUUUUUUAUAUUGUUAG